GUUAAUAUCUCAAGACCUUUUAUAUUUUGUCUCUUGUCAAGCCGGUCAGUUGUUGAGAAUCUCGCGAGCUCUACGGAUUGUUCUUAAUAAGCUAAGCUAAGUUUUAAGUGAGGUGACUUGUGCCAGUUUUUAAAUAAACAGAUCAUUUUUACUCAAGACGAAUGUGCUCGAUAGCGAUGCCAGCGGAGCUGAUAUUGGGUCACAGUCCUCCAGUUUACGGACACCAUCACUUUCUGUACAAUCCACUGAUGGUAACAGCGUCCCCUGGAAAUGGAAUUAGGCCCUGUAUUACCUCGACAAUAGACCAGCUAUCCGGGCUCACUAUCAAUCACUUCAAUAAACAGCCCAAGAAUGACAGUGAGGACAUCAGGAAGGGGAACGAUAAACAAAAGAAGCGCGUGGUCUUCGCUGAUGACCGUGGGAGACCUUUAACUCAAGUUCGUGUGAUGUCAGAACCAAGCAACAUGCCUCCAUCAUUCUACCCAACCGGCUACUUAUCAAAAGCAAUCCGAGACCAAGCAGAAGCAACGACAAACCCCUGGAUAGCCCACUUUCAGCAGCCGGCUAGCGACUACCUGGCUUUUAGACAGAAACUCGACCAAAAUUCAGUCUGUCUGGAGAACGUGAUAAUCCGCGAAGCGGAAGAGUGUCUCGACGGGACUAUCAAGGUCAAGAACGUCGCCUAUGAUAAAGAGGUCCUGGUGAGAACUAGUGGAGACAACUGGAAGUCCCACGAGGACGUCUACUGCACCUUCGUACAACAAAUGGGCGUCAAUGCCAUUCAGCCCAAGUUUAUUUUAUAUGACACCUUUAAGUUCCGCGUGAACUUGCCUGCUAAGGCUGAUAAGAUAGAGUUCUGCGUCUGCUAUCGCGUUAAUGGUCAGGAAUUUUGGGAUAAUAAUGAGGAGAAGAAUUAUGUUGUCAAAAAACGUCCUGAGUGCCGACGUUACUCAUUGUUUUCACAAAUGGACGCUAAAAUUCCAAGCAACGUUUUGAAUUCAGUAGAGGUGAACAACGGAGAUAAUACCAUCGGAUCUGAAAAACCCAGCGAGGCAGUUAGAGCUAACAUUCUUACCUGGAGCGAGUUUGCUUCGUGGCAGCAUUUGAAUAACGACGCACCUUAUUGGUGAUUCUGUUAACUGUAAUGAUAAUCUAUCACAAUUUCAAGAAGUCAAGCAAGAGCAGACUGAUGAACAUGACAUUCACUUCCGGGUCCGCGGAGCUGGCUUCUUUUUUAUUAGGAUUAAGUUAUUUUAGCAAUAUCUACUUGCCUUAAGGACAAAUGCCGCUAUUUUAGAUUUUUUUGACUGGUAAUAUUUACGAUAAUAUAAGACUGACUCAAAAGGCAUCACACGAUUA